AAUAAUGCAAUAGUUUGAUGGGUUCUUCAAACGGGCGUCAAGUUCAACUGCAGGCCCUUGUCAUAAUUUGUUUCAAAGCAACAGUACGAUCUUCGAGAGAAAUUUACGAAACCCUGGAAUUUAUUGAACGGUGGAUUUCUUUUUUGGUUGGGAUUUCAUCGCAAACAGAUGGCUAAAAAGGGAAUGGAGAUAAUAUUAACAGGGAUUAUCAAACACCAGCACACGAUCUCGACAGAAUUUGAAUGAAGUGGAACAGCUGCAUGGAUGCUCUAAUGGCGACUUGUUUAAUCUGGCUUCGUUGGUUGGAUUUGACUUGAAUUGACGGACAUGGAUGAAUCGCCGAAGAAGGAAUUAGCUGUACGGAGAAACACUUCAAGCCAUCUUCACAGAAAAGAGGAAACGCCAUCAUGGCAUCUGGGCGCGCCCGUGGAUAUUUUCUUUCGGUCUAGUCCGUGCAGAAUAGUUGUUGUCAAUGCGCAAGAACUGGACCACCCAAUUAUUUAUGUCAAUUUGAUUUUUGAGCAAGUCACAGGAUACAGAGCAGACGAAGUUCUGGGCAGAAACUGUCGCUUUCUGCAGUACCAAGGUUCUUUUGCCAAAACGAGAUAUCCAUUGGUUGACAUCAGAAUACUCACUGAAAUAUGCAGGUGCUUAAGUGAAGGGUUUGAUUUUGAAGGAGAGAGACUCAAUUUUAGAAAAGGUGGAUCACCUCUCAUGAACAGGCUUUAUAUAAAACCGAUAUGUAAUGAUGAAGGCAUUAUAACUCAUUUUCUCGGGGUUCAGUCAUUUAAAGAAGCAAAUUUCGAUCUUAGUCCUUUGCGAGGAUUAGUCUGGAAGAAGUCAAGUGGUGCUAUUCAUACUCAUAUAUUGGGGGACAUGUAUAGUCAGAAGUCAUUAUUUGUUCAUCGUGACUGCUCUUUUAAAAAAUGCUGCCCACUUUAUAAGGUUUCUGAUGAAGUUCUAGUGGUGAACAUACUUGCUCGACUGACACCAAAGGAUGUUACCUCACUGGGUAGUGUGUGCCAUCGCUUUUAUAAUUUAACCAAAGAUGAGAGCUUAUGGAAGCUUGUUUGUCAGAAUAUAUGGGGGCAGGAAACCUUUUCUAUUUUGGAGUCUGUAGCAAGACGAAGAAGACUGUGGUGGGGGAAAAUUGUACGAGAACUUACAACUCUUGAAGCAGCUGCAUGGAGGAAGCUAACAGUUGGUGGAUCAGUGGAGCCUUCUUGCAUCAAUUUUAGUGUAUGUGCCGUAGGUAGCAAAGUUGUUCUCUUUGGUGGUGAAGGUGUCAAUAUGCAGCCAGUGAAUGACACAUUUGUGCUGGACCUUAAUGAGGAUUGUCCAGAAUGGACACAUAUUAAUGUUAAUUCUGCACCACCUGGUAGAUGGGGGCAUACCUUAUCAGGCUUGAGUGACUCACGGUUGGUUGUGUUUGGGGGCUGUGGAAGAAACGGUCUUCUUAAUGAUGCUUUUGUUCUUGAUCUGGAUGAGCCACAGCCUACAUGGCGUGAAGUUUCUUGUAGUACUCGGCCUCUACCACGCUCCUGGCACAGCUCUUGCAUAUUAGAUGGGACAAAACUUAUAGUUUCUGGUGGAUGCACAGAUUCAGGUGCUCUUCUGAGUGAUACUUUCCUGCUUGACCUUACUAUGGAAAAACCUGUUUGGAAGGAAAUAAAUGUGUCAUGGAGGCCACCAUCUCGGCUUGGUCACACAUUGUCAGUUUUGGGAAAUCAUAAAAUUCUUAUGUAUGGUGGAUUGGCUACAAGUGGUCCAUUAAGGCUUAGGUCAAGUGAUGUUUAUAUUAUGGACCUAAGUGAAGAAGAGACAAGGUGGAAAUAUGUUACAGGAAGUAUGCUACCUGGUGGAGUAAGUACCUGUAAUUCUGCACCCCCUCCAAGACUUGAUCAUGCAGCAGUUAGUCUACCUGGUGGUCGGGUGGUUGUUUUUGGUGGUUCAAUUGCUGGUUCUCGAUUGGAAACUAAGGUUUAUAUUUUGGAUCCAAUGGAGGAGAAACCAACAUGGAGGAUUCUCUAUGUUCAAGGACGACAGCCUAAAUAUGCUUCAGGACAUAGUACAUGUCUGGUGGGAGGAACAAGGGUGGUGGUUCUAGGCGGUCACCAUACAGAAGAUUGGAUGUUAACUGAGCUGCAUGAACUGUGUUUAAUAAAUCUUAAAGGAACAGACUGAUUAGGGACAUGCAAUGAAGCAGAGUUUCUUUUUUAGUUGCCACAGAAGAUUGGAUGUUCAUUGAGUUGCAUAAACUUUUUUUGGUGAAUCCUUUAGGAACAGAAUGAUUAGGGAUAACUGGACAACUUAAGAAGUAAAGUUUAUUUUUUAGAUAAGUUAAUCAUUAGAAAUUUCAAAUUUGUAACUGUUGAUGGAGGUGUAUGGUUGAGAUAAAGACGGACCUGAUCUUUACAUUCAGUAUUGUCAGAUGUAAACAGGAGUUUGUGUAUUAUAGGGUAAAUGAAUAUUAGUUUUCUACUAAUGAUGGAAAACAUGUUUUAUUUGUUGCCAUGAUGCUGGCUACUUUUGCUUCUA